AUGCUGCCAAUCAGUGCCAUGCAUUGCCCACGCAACUCUGCAUGGGAUGGGCCGCGGAUAGCGCCGAGAGGAGAGCUGCGAUGGCCACUGCCAGACAAGCCUGGACGGAGGUACUUGGGCUGGAGCUGGUCGAGGUGCAAUCGAGUUGCAGGGGCUUCGGGUGCUGCCGCUGCUAGCUUCUGCAGCGCGCAUGUCAGGCGGUCCUCGCGGCCGUUGGUUGCUCGUGCUGCGCUGGUGGAGCAACUCACCCAGGCAUCCGAGGCUCUGGAGAUGCUCCGUGGCAAAUGGGAUGCCAUCGAGCUUGGCGAGGCAGAGCGCCUUCAGCCGCUCGCAGAGGAGGAGGUCGCCCUUCGAGAAGGUCUGCGGACCUUGGAGUUUGGGGAUCCGGCGGAGAUCCAAGCAAUACCGCAGACUCCAAGUGCAGAUCCUGUUGUGGCUGGGUACUAUCGCGUUGCACGUGCCCUGCUUGAGCUGGAGGUGGCGCAGAAGGAGUGGGAGGUCCGCACGGCCCAGGCUGCUGGAUUUGAUCAGCCAAGCUCUCCAGAAGUGGGGGCCUUCGCCAGCAGGCUGCUGGGAAUCGCACUCCUUCGUAUUCGGCUGUUCCAGCACUCUGAGGCAUACGAUCUGCUGCAGCGUGCGCUUCCCACCAUGAUGGCCACGCAGCAGUUCGUGGGUUCGGAGGGCGCUGCAGCUAAGCAUUGGCUGCAGAACCUCUGCCGCAGCACUGCCAUGAGCCAGAUGCUCCGAGAGCCAGGUCACAUGCAAGGCGUUGAUAUCUCGAACAGCGAGCAUUUGGAGUGCUUGCAGGCGCUCCGUGAGGAGCUUCGGACCUGUGGAUAUGCUGCAAAGGACAUACUUGGCAUGACUCAGGUCCCGACCCUCGAGAUGUUCGCCGACGACGACCUGUGCGGGCAAGCAGCUGAUGCCUUGCUGGCCAGUGCACCGCACGAACAGAAGGGACUUGCAGAGCUUGUACGGUUCUUCCUUUUGAGCAGGCCUGUGGCGCUCAAGCAGCUGACGGAGCUGAUGGGCUCCUCCUGUAUGGAGUUCCUUCUAGAGAAGCAAGCCGUCACUGUGAUCCGUGGCCCCUCCUGUGCCUUGGUCAAGGCAGACGACGCUCUGAAGGCUCUCGAGAAUGCCUCAGAUGAUUUCUAUUGCUUUGCGAACAUCAAGAUUUGGCCGGUGGAGGACCUUCUCAUUGCCACGGAUCGGCAAACCUGGCCGUCUCAGGGAUUUGAGCCAGUGAUGUACCUUUCGGACGACUCCUGGGGACUCAUCUAUGGAGCGCCACGGGAAGAAGUGGAGUCAGUGCUGGACCUUUGCACUGGCAGCGGCGUCCAAGGGCUAGUAGCCCUGCAGAAUUACGCCAAAACCGCAACCUUCGUUGACUUGAAUCCUCGCGCUCUGGACUUUGUGCGCUUCAACGUCGCUUUGAAUGGCCUUUCGCAGAAAGUUUCUGGAAUCUACGAAGGCAAUCUGUACCAGGCGCUGCCUCCAGAAUCUGGGCCCUUUGACGCCAUCUUGGCCAAUCCGCCCUUCCUUCCGAACCCUCGCGGCAUCGGCUCGCAGUGUUCGGCGAAAUUUGGCGACGGAGGUGAUUUUGGCGAAGACAUCUUGGAGGCAAUUAUGCAAGGCGUGGCAGACCACCUCAAGCCUGCUGGGCACCUGAGCGCUGUCACCUACGCACCCAACACCCCAGAGAUGGCAGAGAGGAUCGCGCGAUACCUGAAGAGUCCUGACGAGAUGUCGCCGUGCAUCACGGUCUUCAGCAGCAAGCUGAAGCCAGCCAAGGACUUCAAGCCUGUGUCCAGCGCGGUUGAAGCCGUCCGAUAUCAGGAGGCACUGGACGAGGUUGGCAUCAAGACAAUGGCCGAGGCCAUCACGCUGGUGAGCUUCGAAGAGACGGCUGUGCAGACGCAUUUCGUCCUCAAGGAGCAUCUUUUCCAAGACGAGGGCUACUUGAGAAGUCUCUGGAAGCAGCACUUGGAUGGCUGUUCGAAGACGUGA